AUCUUGACGUUUGACUCCAUGGAAGGUUUAAUGUGAAAUUUAGAUUGCAUUCUAGUGGGCCCAAAGCUUCUUUUUUCGACCAAAACAGAUCCAGAGCUGUGGUUCGCAGCCUCGCUCGACUCCGCCCUCCGCGACGCCGCCGAUCGGGACCAGUUAACUUGUAUCAAGCAAGAUGGCUUUAUCAUCAAUUUUCAGGAGAGUAAAUAUCAAAGAUCUGGUCUCAAAUGUUUCGGUGUACACUAGCGCAACAGAGUCAUCUGGAGGAAUGGGCUUGGUAUUUAGACGCUGGGCCACCAAAAAGGCUGCUGGAUCCACAAAAAAUGGCCGUGACUCCAAUCCUAAGUAUUUGGGUGUUAAGAAGUUUGGUGGAGAGAAAGUGGAACCAGGAAACAUCAUUGUCCGCCAAAGAGGAACACGCUUCCAUCCUGGGAACUACGUUGGCAUGGGGAAGGAUCACACUCUCUUCUGCCUGAAGGAAGGCCACGUGCGGUUUGAGCGCAACAAACUAACUGGCAGGAAAUGGGUUCAUGUUGACCCUGUUGCUGGUCAUGUUCUCCACCCUGUCUACGCCAGCGGCUCGACUUCUGCAGCUGACAUGGAGGCGCAAUUGCUGUGACCGUGCUGUUGCUUUUGCUCUUCCUGAACUAAUGAAGAUGUUUGCGAGUAAGAAAUGCUUGCAAUAUGCAAGUUGAGAGUCAGACAGGGCGAACUUCAGCAUGUUUAAUGUUGCUCUUUAACGGCAUCUUUGCAGAACGCAAACUUGGUUUUUGCAGUUUUCCUAUGUAUGUUGAUGAACCGGAAAUAUGUACAUGUGCUGCAUCUUCGGAACCAUAACUUGGAUGAUGAGCUGAAAUGUUUUAUCACAUUUGGAUCAUAGGAUUCUUUUAGGAA